AUUAUCCAUGAACAAAUUUUGGUGUGAAAAGAGAAGGAAUCUAGUUCCUAGCAAUCCCAUCUUUUUUGCUCUUCCCGAGCGAGAGUGAGAGAAACUGAGAAUAGAGUUGGUAGGGAUGGACUCCGACGAGGGCAACGCGCAGAGGGUCCCGCUCAGCCAAAGGCCCGAUUGGUCGGACGUGACUCCGGUUCCCCAGGACGACGGUCCAAAUCCAGUCGUCCCAAUCGCCUACAAGGAAGAAUUCGUGGAAACCAUGAACUACUUCCGAGCCGUCUAUCUGGCCGACGAGCGCUCGCCUCGCGCUCUUUGGCUCACCGCCGAAGCCAUCCGCUUGAACGCCGGCAAUUACACUGUAUGGCAUUUCAGGCGUUUAAUACUCGAGGCUCUGGAUGGUGACUUGCAUGAUGAAUUGGGUUUCACUGAGAAUAUUGCUAAGAGUAAUUCCAAGAACUAUCAGAUAUGGCAUCAUAGGAGGUGGGUUGCUGAGAAAUUGGGAACUGAUGCUACAAGCAAGGAACUUGAGUUCACCAAGAAGAUACUUACUCUUGAUGCUAAAAAUUAUCACGCUUGGUCCCAUAGGCAGUGGGUUCUGCAGGCACUAGGAGGAUGGGACGAUGAACUUCACUACUGUUGGCAGCUCCUUGAAGAAGAUAUUUUUAACAAUUCUGCUUGGAAUCAGAGAUACUUUGUUAUAACAACAUCUCCCCUGCUGGGUGGCCUGGAGGCUAUGAGAGAGUCUGAAGUGAGUUACAGUGUUGAAGCCAUAGUAGCCCACCCUGAGAAUGAGAGCCCAUGGAGAUACCUUCGGGGGCUUUACAAAGGAGACAUUGAGUCUUGGGUGAAUGAUCCUCAAGUUUCUUCAGUGUGUUUGAAGGUAUUGAGUGCCAAAAACAACAACUUUACCUUUGCUCUGAGCACACUUUUGGAUCUUCUCUGCCAUGGCCUCCAACCAAGUCAAGAGUUGAGAGAUGUUGUGGAUGCUCUCAAGGCUUCAGGCGAAAAUGAUCAACCAGAUCCUGACUUGGCAAAAACAGUUUGUUGGAUCUUGGAAAGUGUAGACCCAAUGAGAGCUAACUAUUGGAAGUGGCGAAAGAGCAAGCUGAUAAGCUGAUUGUGACUUAUUUCCGAGGAUCUCUGUUGUGAGAAUAUCAAAAACCUGUUCCAAGUUGACUACCAUUAUUGAUUUAAAAGGAAAAAAGAAUGAAAGCUGACUUGCACUGUUAUUAAUUUCUAA